CCGCGCCCAAGUCGCCAGCAGACAUAUGUAAGUGCUAACUGUCAUCAGCUCCUAGAGGAGGGGUUUCUUCAGCUUCUAGAGGGACCAUCGUCUCCGCGCAGCACUUACCGGAAAGAAGACCUCGGCCAGACACUGACAAACCCUUCUACUUCCUUUUUUUGCUAAUUGCACAAAACUUACUAAGGAAAGCGGUUUCCAUUCCCUGCAGACAGACCCCAGCAGGUGGCCGAAGGGACAUCUCUUUUUGGAUAGCUGACCCGGGUCCUCAUGCUGCUGUGGUCACUGCUGGUCAUCUUUGCUCCAGUCAGCGGAAAAUCAGACUGGCUGACCCUCAGGGCUCCCUCUGCUGUCUUUGAAGGAGACAGAGUAGAAGUGACAUGCCAGAAGAAAAAGGACUGGUGGACGGUCAAGACUGUGGCACAUUAUAAGGACGGAGACCAGAUACAGCUUUCAGAUAAAGUCUUAGACCUCUCUAUCCGAAGAGCGGUUCUGAGUGACAGUGGCAAUUACUCCUGUGUGGUUGCUGCUACUCUAGGUCUCUUCCCAAGGAAGGAAACUUCAGGAAGUGUAAUGAUCACAGUUCAAGAGCUAUUUCUGCGCCCUGUGCUCACAGUCAGCCCCUUCCGACCCACCGAGGGGAGCCCAGUGACCCUGACCUGUGAGACUCGGCUGUCUCCACAGAGGUCAAGUGCUCAGCUCCGAUUUUGCUUCUUCAGAGAUGGCCGAGCCCUGGGGUCCUGCUGGAGCAGAUCCCCAGAGCUCAGGCUCCCUGCCAUGUGGGCUGAAGACUCAGGGUCCUACUGGUGCAAGGCAGAGACGGUGACUCCCAGCGUCACAAAACAGAGCCCCCAAUCCCAGAUUCACGUGCGGAGAGUGCCUGUCUCUAACGUGAGCUUAGAGAUGCGGGCCCCCCACGGCCAGGUGAUCGAAGGGGGGACUCUGGUCCUGCUCUGCUCAGUGGCUGAAGGCACAGGAGACAUCACAUUCUCCUGGCACAGAGAGGCCACAGGAACCAGCGUGGGACGGAAGACCCAGUGCUCCCGGGUGGCGGAGCUGCAGGUCGCGGCUGUGCAGGAGCAUGACACCGGUGGCUACUACUGCAGAGCUGACAACGGCCUCGGCCCCACCCAGAGCAAGGUGCUGAGUGUCCUUGUAAAAAUGCCAGCAUCCCGCCCAGUCCUCACCAUCAGGGCACCCAGGGCCCCGGCCAUGGAGGGGGACGUGGUGGAGCUUCGCUGUGAGGCCCAGAGGGGCUCUCCCCCCAUCCUGUACCGGUUUUACCAUGAGGACAAUGCCCUGGGGAACAGCUCAGACCCCUUUGGAGGAGAAGCCUCCUUCAACCUUUCUGUGACUGCAGAACAUUCUGGAAACUACUCCUGCGAAGCUGACAAUGGUCUCGGGGCCCAGCGCAGCGAGGUGGUGCCGCUCCGUAUCUCAGCGACCAGCAGCUACAGAAAAGACCACGUCACAGACAGAGCUCUCGGGCUGCUGGCUGUCCCUGCGUGCGCUGCUGCUGGCCUGCUGAUUUACUGCAGGUUCCGCAAGGCGUCAGGAGGGCGCUCGGCCGCUAAUACACUCAGGUGAGGACUUGUCCUUUUCAAACCAGGCGCUCUAGAGCCUUCCUCAUUCGUGAUUUGAAAUACCCUCUGCUUCUCCCACCUGCACGAAUUACACAGUACCUUUCUGGGAUAUGCACCCCUGUCAUUCAUUACAUUUCUCAGGGUGCUAAGGGCACAAUUCUAGGUGUUAUCUUCAUGGGAGUUGACAUUUCUUUUUAUUUUAAUUU